AUGGCCAUCGCUGGCGCCCAACGUAAACAGGUGCUCAAGGUGUUGAUGAUCUCGCUGCUGCUAGAUCUGAUCUCCUUCACCUUCAUCCUCCCACUCUUCCCCUCCCUUCUAUCCUUCUACCGUGCUCAAGACCCCUCCCCGAACUCCCUCCUCAACCGUAUCUUCCACUACCUAAACGCCUACAAGAACGCCUUCGCCCGCCCCAUCGACUCCCGCUAUGACAUCGUCCUCCUCGGCGGUGCCCUGGGCUCUCUCUUCUCCCUGCUACAAGCCUUCGCUGCUCCCGUGAUUGGCCACCUCUCCGAUCGAUAUGGCCGUCGUCGCGCUCUGUUGACAGCAAUGGUUGGCAACGUGGCUAGUGUUGCGCUCUGGGUCUCCGCCACGGACUUCCGCACUUUCCUAGCUAGCCGCGUCGUUGGAGGCCUCAGCGAGGCUAAUGUACAGCUGGCCAAUGCUAUAGUCGCGGACGUGACCGAUGAAACGCGUCGUGGCGCGUCGAUGGCCCUCGUUGGAGCAUGUUUCAGCGUCGCUUUCACCUUCGGCCCGUUGCUCGGUGCUGGUCUAAGUACCGUUGAGACCGUGGCUGCGAAUCCGUUUAUCGCCGCUGCGCUGGUCUCGCUUGCGUUGAUUCUGCUCGAGACUGGGUAUCUUUGGGCUUGUUUGCCUGAGACGCAUCCGCGUUUCACUACCCUUAAACAGGAGGAGAGCGAUGAAACGUCUAAGAGCAAGACUAGGGAACAGUCCAAGUCUGCGGCACCGCGUGAACACACCAAUAACCCGGCCAUCCUCAAUGCCAUUCAUUUCCUCUUCCUUCUGCCCUUCUCCGGUUUGGAGUUCUCGCUACCUUUCUUGACGACCACCCUCUACGCGGGCUCCACCACUAGCCCCGCGGCACUAAACGGCCGUCUACUAUCUCUGAUGGGCCUGAUUGCCUCCCUUCUCCAAGGCACAGUCGUCCGUCGUCUUCCCCCAUUGGUAACAAUGCGCGCCGGUGUCGUCGCGUGUGCUAUAUCAUUCUUCUGCCUAGCCCACGUUUCCACACCCAAGGGCCUCUACGCUGCAGGCGGGCUUUUGGCCGUGACCACCGCUACGGUCGUCACGAGUCUAAACAGUCUGGGUAGCUUCGAGGCUCGGGAUGCGGAUCGUGGUGCUGUGAUGGGCCGUCUUCGGGGCUGGGGCCAGGCUGGACGUGCCGCGGGGCCUAUUCUGUUUUGUACACUGUUCUGGUGGGCUGGUCGGGAGGCUGCAUACACCGUUGGUGGUGUGGCGAUGUGUGUUGUGGCGGUUGGCGCUUUUGGCUUCUUGAAGUCGCCUUCUGUUCAUUUGAAAAAGGAGUGA